CUGGGACCAGGACCCCCAUGUACGUCCCUCCUUUUCGUGCAUCCUGGAACAGCUGUCAGCCAUUGAGGAGGCGGUAAUGGCCACCAUGCCCCAGGACUCUUUCCACAGCAUGCAGGAUGACUGGCGCGUGGAGAUUCAGGAAAUGUUUGAUGAGCUUAGGACCAAAGAGAAGGAGCUACGUUCUAGGGAAGAGGAGCUGACUCGAGCUGCCCUCCAGCAGAAGUCUCAGGAGGAGCUGCUGAAGCGGCGGGAGCAGCAGCUGGCCGAGCGGGAAAUCAACGUGUUGGAGAGGGAACUGAACAUCCUUAUUUUCCAGCUCAAUAAAGACAAGCCCAAUGUUAAGAAGAGGAAAGGCAAAUUCAAACGUUCUCGCUUGAAAUUGAAGGACGGAAACCGCAUCAGCCUGCCAUCAGACUUCCAGCACAAGAUCACCGUGCAGGCGUCGCCUUCCAUGGACAAGAGGCGGAGCCUACACAGCACCAGCUCCUCUCCUCCCAGCAGUCCCACGCUCAUCCCUCGACUCCGAGCCAUUCAGCUCACUCAGGAUGAGAGCAACCGCACGUGGGGCCGCAGCUCCCUCUUCAGGCCAGAGGAGUUUGAUGACAUGAAGAAAGGAAUCAAGAAGAAGGGACGAACCUGGGGUCCCGGUUCAGUACAGAGCAAAGAGAGGCCCAGCGCUGCUGAGAGAGUGCGUCCUCUCUCUGACGGCAGUAACCCCUGGUCCACCAGCCUGGUGAAGUCCCAAAAGUCUGUUCCUCUGGCUGCCCUAUUUUCUGAACAAGCAGGGUCCAGUAAAGAUGAGACGUUCUCACAGGAAUGUCCUGACAGCAGCAUCAAACCAAAGCAGCUGAAGUUCCCCAACCAAGUCUACAUCGAUCUACCUCUGUGGAGGGACGAGCAGCAGCAGCCGCAGAGCCCCAGCGGAGAGGCUGGGGUCGGCGCACUGGGUCACAGUGGCCCCGCAGAAAGUCAGGAGGACCCUUACACCACCACAUCCACCUCGUCCACCUCCACCACCCCACAGCUGACCCCCACCAACAGCCUGAAGCGGAUCUCAGCUCGCCGCAAGACUGACUCUGUGCUUUACGGCUGUGGCUCCUUGCUGGCUUCAGUCGCUCUGGGCUAUGACCUGAGGGAGGCGCUGAAGAACGCAGCCCCCACUGAUGAUUGUGAAACCCAGCGAGAGGAGAAAGAGAAGAAGAAGAAGGAUGGACUGUUUCAGCGUGCAACCAGGUUCCGCCGCAGCACGUCACCACCGAACAGUCGGUCCCGCAAAGAUGAGACCUUGUCAAACAACACCUCCAACCAAAUGGUCAAUCUUAUUUCCAUGGCAGCAAUUACUGAGUGCAACUCCACCAAGUGUCUCCUGCAGCCAGAGCUGGAGGUGUCAGACAGUAAACCCGGAAGGAGGAGCUUGUAUCUGUCAGUCAUAACGAGCUAUCCAAGGAAGUUAUCAGGACUACUGCUGAACCCCAGAACCAGACCCUGGUACAAGCCAAAAGCCAGGUCGCAGAACAAGGCAACCAUAUUACUGGAGGACAUGUACGCAAGAAGAAAUACGCCGCCAAUCACAGCACCAAUGGUCCAGUCACACCUCAGAAGAAACAGGACAAAGAGAGAAAUGGUUCAGCAGAAGAGGCCCGCUCCAGACAACGACCCGUAUCGUUCCGGGCCAAACCUCACACCUGGGCCCUGCUGAGAGGACGCAACAAAAGUUACUCUCUGGGCCGUUACUCUGGAGAGAAGACGGCGCAAAACCUGAACAUGGUGCUGUCCUCAGAGGUGGGGGUGGGCUGCUCCCUGCUGGACAUGGACACAGAGGGCCAGAAACGUGACUGCACCGUGCCGUUGUGCCGCAUUCAAAGCUCCCCGACACGGCCCUCCAUCUUUGUACUGGAGAAAGACUUCCUGUCCUAGGAUCCUGCACAGCGGUGCCGUAGUUCAUCUCGAGCAUUCCAGAACUUCAGGCAUUGCAUUUAUCUUAAAUUUACUGGCGGGCUGAGCACCAAACUGCCUUUUUUUAAAAGCUCUCUGUAUUAGAACCCAGUCUUGUGUUUGUUCCAGAACAUAGUGAGUCAGUGUUCUAGAGCACAAGUCUGUAACUUUUAGACUACACUGGUGUUGGAGUUUGGGAACAUGCAUCCAACUUUUCAAUUGUGGUUUCCUGUUUUCCCACCAAAAAAUGCUGUGGUGCUGGAACUAGUUCCAUUUGGUUUCUGUGGCACCAAGGUUCCAUCUAACGAGCCAGCCUGAUUUCUGAUUUGUACUGGAACCAUUGUGCCGCUGUUGAUGGAAUUGAUGAGAUUUUCUUGGCACUGAUUCUACUCAUCAGUCCGCAGCUGUUUUCCUUGUUGCUAAAUGCAGAGUUGGACAUUGCAUUUGACGUCAUAACGGAUACAUUUUUGCAACUUGGAACUGUCAGAAAAACAUGGCGACAGUUCCGAUGGGCUGAAAGAUUCCUUGUUCCUCAUCCCUAUAUCUCACUGUCGUAGAAAUUAUGGGAAACCCACUGAUUAAGGUUUCACGGAGAAUAAGCCACACCCACUCAUGAUGUCAUCACAGCUUUUGAGGGAAGUGCUGCUACAUUUUGGGACAGUUUUGAGAACACUUCCGAAAUAAGAUCGCAAACGAGGAAGGAGCGUGUUCAGAAAUGACAGAAACACCACCUGAGUUCUUAUGCGCUGCCUCAUCUCAUCACAGAACGUUCCCGGACUCAUGGCAGGAUGCUCGGCUUCCACCUUCUCCCUGGUGCACUCUUUCUCGUGUCACGGCUAAAUAUCAACAGAAGCUGCCGUUUUUUUUUGUUUGUUUUGGCAACACAAACCCUCACCUUUUUAUUUAUAUAUAUAUUUUUAUAGAUAAUUUAAUGUGAUGAGACUUGACCCACCUUAGCAACCAGCAGGACAUACAUUCUGUGUCAGUUUCCAAGUCCUCCUACACGUUUAGAUUUUUGACUUGAGAAUCAUGCAUGUAGCCUUAAAACAACGGCAGUGGGGGAUGAUUAUGCCUUGUUUGUAAAUAUUUGUUUUUAUCCAUUAUGGGUUUAAAUGUUGAUUUCUUUUGUAUUUGCAUCGAUGAGGUUUUGUGUUUGUGUUAGACGUCAGUAAUGCUGCAGUAUAGUAUUUGUCCUCACGGGACGCAACAUGUCCCAGAAUUCCCCAAACGUUAGUCGAAAAACCACUGGAAACCAAACACACGUAAUUUUUGGAGUUAAAGGUCCUGAUUAAAUGUUCGGUAGUCACAUUGCACAGAAUGUGAUCAUACUACCGUUGUGAGAGUAUUAUAGUAAAUAUUCUACAAACUGUCUGCAGAUUGGCAAUCUCAUGUUCAUGUUCGUAAUCCUCUGACAAGAUGAAUGGAUUGCAGUGAGAGGAGUACACAGUUCAGGAGUGACAGUAUGAAGAUAUGAGUGUAACACAAUUUAAGUAGUAAUUAUGUUUUUAGAGUUUAUGCAUAUAGAAACUCCUUUGAAGCUCAUUUGAUUUGGACACAUUUUCUCACAGAUUUCACCCUCUUGACAUAAUCAAGUUUAAUUUGACAUAUUGUUAAGUACACUUUAUUUUUUUACCGGUGCCACUGAAGGCAGCACUGGUUUGGGAACUACUUGAUUAUGUGCCUCCGUUGAUGUGCACGUGCUAGCUUGAAAAAGACUUGGUCAAUUCAGUAAGACCUUGGACAAGUUUGAUGUUGGUUGUAUUUUAAUUCUACUUAUGGCCACCAGAGGGCAAAGUCUCUGAAAUCUGGUGUCCGCAAUAUCCUAAAAAAUAUGAAACGUGCUACAUAUGGUCACCUCACUAAAAGCUGGGACAAGUUCAACAUCAGGUGCAUUUGUCUAAUUGUUGCCACCAGGAGGCUGAGUCUCAGAAACCUCGUGUAGGCUAUAACUUGAAAAAGACUUUGCAUAUCAAGGAGAAUCUUUGUACACAGUCACCUCAUAAAAUCUUGGACAAGCUUGACAUUGGGUACAUUUCAGUUGUAAUUUCGUCCUCCAGGGGGACAGUGUCUGAUAUGUUGCGUAUGCAAGAAUUCAUCAUGAUCUUUGUUUUGUGAUCAAAUUUCACACAGCCAUUCCCAAACCUAAAAAAGCUGGGGCACACUCUGAAAUCUGAAAACCAUCUGGUGCCCACCCAAACUUUUGACCCCAGUUUUUAACACCAUGAGAUGAGUAGGUUUGUGUUAUUACAUCUACAUACAUAUUUGAAAUAAAUAUUUAGAUUUUUUAUUUUAUUACAAAAUUGAAAAUCAGUAGCUCUUUUUAAAAUCACCUCUCAAGGCUCAGUUGGAGUACCUUCACCCCCCACUAGGGGGGCUGAGACCCACACUUUGCAGUAGAGUGUGCUUUGCUCUUUGGCAGCACACUGGUGUAAACAGCUCAUGAACUUCCAAAAGAGAAGGUUCCUGGGUAAAGGCCACAUGUGUCCUAUUCUCCCUGUACAUCUGGAAUUGUGUUAGUAAGGGAAUCCAGCAUGGGGGGGGAUUUUUACUCCCCUUAACCAAAUCUUUACUGAUGAAGCUUGUGACAAUCCAGAGACAUUUGUCAUCAGAAUUAGACUCUUCUGAUGUGUCCCCGUGUUUGGCCACAUAGGGUUAAUAAAUCUACUUCACACACAAAGGUCACUCCCGGCUGUGUACGUAUGAACGGAUAAUUACACUUGAAUAAAACUCAGAAGUGUUGGUUGACAUUUUAUCACUUCGGUUCCUGCCCGACAUUUAGAAUGAUGUCCCACUUUUGUAGAACAGUGGGGCUCCUGGUGUAAAUAUAAUUUAGGUUCUUGAUGUGUACGAUAUCACUGCCACGUCUUAAGAUUGUUUAGAAUGUGAACAAUCGCGUGUUUGACGUCGAACCAGCUCCAACUUUCCUGAUUUGGCCAGAUGCAGUUAGCUCCUGGGUUUUACUGCAAAAAUUAAGAGCUGAUACGCGUUAUGGUGCAUUCAGGCGCCUCACUGUGGGACCAAAUUUUGGUGACCAACUCACUAAACGUGAGCACCUGCUGCUGUGGAGUUUUAUAUUGAAAAUGACUAUGUGAAAAGCUUCAGGGGGAAAAAAAAAACCCCUCAUAUGUACUGUGAAAGGGGUCAUACUGUGCAAAAUCAGCUUUUAAAAUUUAAAGUGUAAUUUAUUCACCCGUGACCCGAUUCCCGAUAAGCAGUUGAAGAUGUAUGUAUUCAUCUAGACCCCCACCCCCCCUUUUUUUUUUAAACUCCACCCACUAAAAUAAAGGGUCUGGAUCAAAGCACACUUUGCCAUCUUGGUGUAAAUCAGACCAAUCUCAGCUCUCAUUGGCAGAGCACAACUAUGUUACCAUGGUGACAGUUGCCAUGCAAGCCUGGUGAUGUUAAAGAAGAGAAAGUUGUUUUACGGGUGGUGAAAGCGAAACUCCAUCAACAAGUACCAUAUGAUUUAAAACGAAAACUCGAACAAUUUGUCACGUAAUAACUCACCACUUUCUGCAUCACCCUCUAAUGGUCACAGUUGGGAGAACCGUGUCACCCGUUUGUCCUCCCGUGGAGGAUGUCUCACAGAUUGGGGUUAGUCUAGUUUUGUGUUAAACAUCCUGAAAAGUUACACAUCUUGUUUCUAUAUGUAGAAACAUCGCUGCAAAGUUUAAUCCUUAAAUGUUUUAUAGAUUUCUGUGAUUUGCCAAAUAGAGGAUUGUACCAGUAUUUUUUGUUUUUGUGGCAGACCGUUUACACGAGACACCCGCUGACCCAGAUUAUCUUGCUGAGAAGCUGUAUAGUAUGACCUCUUUAAAUUGGACACUGAAUCUUUCUUGAUCGCAUCAAGCUUCAACUACUGUUUCAUUGAACGGUUGUUUUUUUUUUAACAGUAUUGGUUAUUUCACAUGAUUCAUCAAAAAGUUUCAAGUUUAUUUUGAAUAAAGUCUAAA